AAUAUCCCCUUGUGUCUGUCAGCUUCAAUCAGAGCCCCCCACCCAGCCCCAGCCGUCACCCACUCCCAGGCUCCCAAAGCAGUCACACACUCAGCCUCUGUGACGCUCAGUGGCCAAGCUGGGAGGGGGGUUCACAGGCUGGGGACACUGCAAAAUUCACAGCCCCGUUGCAGCAGAGGCAGCCGGAGGAGCAGCCCACCCCACAAGGGACCCCUCAGGAAUGAAGUAGCCUUUCAGGGCUGGAGGGGCUGCAGGCGCCCUUCCUCUCCUUAAAUAGCCAGCUGUCCACCCACAGCUGCACAGAGGCCACCGCCGACGCCACCGCCCGCGCCCACGGUUCACCUGCCAUCCCAGCUCCUGUCCGUUCCUCCUGGACCAGCUGUGAGAGCCACAGCAUGAAUGGCCUCGAGGUGGCCUCCCCAAGUCUGACUGACAACUCAUCUCUGACCACUGAGCAAUGUGGGCAGGAGACGCCCCUGGAGAACAUGCUGUUCGCUUGCUUCUACCUCCUGGAUUUCAUCCUGGCUUUUGUUGGCAAUGCCCUGGCCCUGUGGCUUUUCAUCCGGGACCACAAGUCAGGCACCCCAGCCAACGUGUUCCUGAUGCACCUGGCCGUGGCCGACUUGUCCUGUGUGCUGGUCCUGCCCACCCGCCUCGUCUAUCACUUCUCUGGGAACCACUGGCCAUUUGGGGAAAUCCCGUGCCGACUCACCGGCUUCCUCUUCUACCUCAACAUGUACGCCAGCAUCUACUUCCUCACCUGCAUCAGCGCUGACCGCUUCCUGGCCAUCGUGCACCCGGUCAAGUCCCUCAAGCUGCGCAGGCCUCUCUAUGCUCACCUGGCCUGUGCCUUCUUGUGGGUGGUGGUGGCUGUGGCCAUGGCUCCACUGCUGGUCAGCCCACAGACGGUCCAGACCAACCACACAGUCGUCUGCCUGCAGCUGUACCGAGAGAAGGCCUCCCACCAUGCCCUGGCGUCCCUCGCCGUGGCCUUCACCUUCCCGUUUGUCACCACGGUCACCUGCUACCUGCUGAUCAUCCGCAGCCUGAGAAAGGGCCCCCGCGUGGAGAAGCGCCUCAAGAACAAAGCCGUCCGCAUGAUCGCCAUGGUGCUGGCCAUCUUCCUGAUCUGCUUCGUGCCCUACCACGUCCACCGCUCCGUCUACGUGCUGCACUACCGGGGCGGCGGGACCUCCUGCACGGCCCAGCGUGUCCUGGCCCUGGGAAACCGCAUCACUUCCUGUCUCACCAGCCUCAAUGGGGCCCUCGACCCUGUCAUGUACUUCUUUGUAGCUGAGAAGUUCCGUCACGCCCUGUGCAAUCUGCUUUGCGGCAAAAGGCUCACGGGUCCGCCCCCCAGCUUUGAAGGGAAAACCAACGAGAGCUCGCUGAGUGCCAGGUCAGAGCUGUGAGCCCGAGGCUCCGUCCCUGGGUGGGCCACAGACUGUUGCAGGAGGAGGGUCCCCUUAGGGUGGGUGACACUGGUCUCAGCAAAGAGAAGGCUGCCCACUGCUCCAAUCUCCCUGAGCAAACCACCUGUUUCAGCAGGUCCCUACUCGCCCCUCCCAAAGGUCUGAACUUCCAAGUCACCCAGACCGGAGCUGGGUCUUAACCACACAGAACCCCUAAAAAAGAAGAAGAAUCAGUGAGGAUUGAGAGGCCGUCCCUCUGCAGGGACUGUUGGCUCUGCUUCCUAGUUGCUCCCAGACACCCAGUGAGUUCACCCGUGGAAAGGGGGAGGGGACCCAGAGGAACAACUCCAGAACACUGAGGGUCUUUCUUUCCCCCACUAGACUGCCAGCCUCCCUAAUUACAGAAAUGCACAGCAGGGAGGCCACGUAGAAAGGCCCAGAAGGAAGGCUGCAAAGGACUCAGGAGAAGAGGCACCCAUGAAUCUCAGUGGAGGAGUAGGGACAGUGUCUACCGUACAAGGAGUUCCCUUUGCAGUGCCUUUGCCAGGCGAGCCCUUUCUGAAUUUUGGGGGGAUGGACUAUAAAUUGUAGCUAAAUGCCGUAAGUAUAUUCAGACUGGUUGCCACGUGACACCCAGCAGCCGUGGUUUGCAGAACACAUUCAUCCUGAUCCCUCCUGUUAUAAGCUACACAGAGACCUGCCUGUGGUCUGACAAUCCCUAGAGCCUCUCAGCAAAAGGAGCGCGGUGUGUAUCCUGCUAAUCCAGACCUGGCAGCGGCAUCCUGAGUCCCAUUUCCUCCCGAGGGGACUCAGCCAGCCUCUGCCCGCCCAGUUUUGAGCUGUCUCGCUUGGUAGCCUGCAUGCAUCCCCCUAACAUGUCCUUUUUUGUACUUGUUUGUACUGAUCAUAAACUGAAUUGUAGUUUUAAGCUGACGGAGGCUAUUGUGUCUGCUCAACGCGAUGCCUUUCCCAGAACUUCUCUUCCCUUUCAACCCAAGAAUGACCAAGCAGAGGCUGGGGCAGCUGUGGGGGCUCCCUUGCCAAGGUUCUGGUGGCCCACGCCUGCCACCCAUGCCUGCCUGAGCCAGGAGGGUCCAAACGAGGACUUUCAUUACUCAGCAUCCUGGCUGCCACCCUGUCCCCUGUCAUUACCGCUUUUCUACCACAUGCUACUUUUCAAAGCACUUUUGGCCUCUUCUCAUUUUCCCAACCAGUGAAUGGAGCAGUGGCCCUGUGCAAGACUUGGCUCAGGAGGGGACAGGACUCCUUCCAAGCUCACACCUGGCUGAUGACCCCAGUGGUCAACAGCUGUCCUUUAGCUCUUGCACUGUGCCAUCAGUGCCCCACAGCCCCUCACCCAGACAACCUGCAGAGCGCCAAGCACUGUGCCCGCCCUGCAGACACCAAGAAUGACGUGAGGCCAUCUUUUUUCUCAUGAAGCAGCAAAUGGACAAGAUCACUGCAGGCCACAUCAGGAAGGGUCAGGGGAGGUGCUGCAGCAGAAAACUUAGUACCUACAUGGGAGAGGGUGCGGCAGUCAGAUGGACAGCUAGGGGGUCUCUGGGGCAGUGCUGCCUCUUCUGAUGUGGGGACACGGAGAGGCAGACUUGGUCAUCAGUGAGUUCAGUGGUUUGCUUUUUGUUUCAUACUGGGGAUUGAACCCAGGGGCACUCCACCACUGAGCUACAUUUCCAGCCCUAUUUUAAGACAAGGUCUUGCUGAGUUGUACAGGCUGACCUCAAACUCACUUUCCUCCUGCCUCAGCAUCCCAAGCCACUAGGAUUACAAGCGUGAGCCACUGCGUCCAGCUGGAAACUCGGGGUGGGACCCAUUGCAUUUGGGAUGCCUAGUGUGCCCCCCAGGGAACAGCCAUGUGGACCACUGAGUACUGGUAGGAAGAGGUCUGGGGUGGUGCCCUUAACUAUCCAGACAGGCCAUGCAGGGUCUCAGGCCUGUCUUCAAAGGCAGACAUGAGGGGCCAAGCACAAAGCCCCAGAGGAGAAGAGAAGAGAAUGAGGGAGGGGAAAACCAUGAGAUAUGGAUUCUCAUGGGGAGAAGAGGCGUUUCCACCUGAAGGAGGGGCAUUGCCGUGAAAGCCACUGGGAGACCUGUUAGUGCCCACGGUGGCCGCGGGGAGCACACUAGGGUAGUGGGGGCUCCUGGGUGGAGCAGGCAGGUGCGCUGGAAAGGGCUGCAGCUAUGCAGGUGUGGAUGGGGCACCCCAAAAUUCGUCUCCAGGGAGGAGGGAGGUAAGGCCAUCACUCUACAGAGGGGUGUAGAGGUCAGCAGUUGGGAAAGGCAGGGGUGGGGAGAAUCAUAAGGCUUCUUGAAGGUGGGAACUACCCGAAUGCAUGGUCCUGAUUGGGGGGACUUCUCUCCAGCAACUUUCAGUCAUGUGAGUCUAUAGAGUUGGGGGGUGCAGAUAGCUGGAGUCCGCAUGCUGAGAGGCCCCAGGGGUGUCAGCUCAACUCAAAGCUCCUUAUCCACCCACCGUCACCUCCUGGCUCCUGCUCCAGGGCUAUUGUCCUCACUGCCUGCUGGCUGUCCUUGAGGAACAGUGCCAAGCCCAGGGGGGGCUCUGCUCUGGCCCCGCAUCCCUGUCUCUGCAGCCUCACUCCUCAUUAGAAACUGGGGGUGUACUGACCACCUUGGAGGUACAAAAGGGAGUCGGUAGCCACAUCAGUACAGGCCAGGGAGCCUGGAGGGGCCUGGGGCUCAGCCUGUGGCCCCUGGGGCUCCUCACCUGCCCGCAUUCUUCACAAAGCCCAGGUCGGCCAGCUCCACAUCACACAGCUCACAGCGAAAGCACCCCGGGUGCCAGUUGCUGUUCAUGGCCUUGAUCACGCGUCCAAUGAUGAACUCGCCUGGAAGAGGAGAGGUCCCUGCUUGCUGGGCAGGACUUGGCCCCUGCCAGGCCCUGUCCACAUCAGCGCUCCUCCAAGCUCAGCCUGGUCCAAGGAACCCUGCCUGCAGCACAGGAAGGCGGUGCCUGUGGAGGGCUGGAAGGGAAAUGCUCAGAGACGGGCAAGGUGGACAGGGAAGAGCCCCUCCACCCAGCAGGCCAGGCCCGUGGGCACUCCACCGCAGGACCCUCACCCGCCCACCUCCCACUUCCCAGGCAGCAGCAGACUCACCGCAGGAUCCGCAGCACGGGGCAAACAGCAUUUGGAAGUCGUGUUCGCAGUAUUUCCGGCCCUCAAACUGCAAAGGGGCCAUAGACAAGACCAAUAAAUCACCCAUCAUUCCCACGAGCCUCCUCCACACCCGUACCCCUGCCUUUGUUGGGUCAGGACCUGACGGCAGGGACGGAUGGGUGUGGAACUGAGAGGAGGACAUUCCAGAAGCCAGAGCAGGGGGUGGGGCCCACGAUACAAAGAGGUGCCCAGAAAGGGGCUUCCAUAGGAACCACUGCAGAAGUCCCCAAGGCCAGCUCUCAGAGGGCCCCUGCUGCAUGUUAAGGAUGGUGGCCCUGUGGGUCCCAAGAGCAGGCCAGACUGCAGGAGGGAGUUUAAGCUGGGACGGGAUGAGGUCAAGUUCAAAUCAUAUGCAUCUCUUUGCCCUAUUUCCUGUGUCCUUUCUGUAUGGAAAAUCCAGAGGUCACAAAAGAGUGAAGAGAAUUAAAAAGGGGACACAGGAUGGUCUGAGGGAGGGAGGGGAGGGCAGGAAUGGAGGCACAACUGAGUACUGCAGCCAGUGGGAGUGGACACCCCCGUGGAGCCACUUUUGGGCAGCGAGGACCAGGUACUGGCCCCAGGAUGUCAGAGCCUGCCUGUCUCCCUCUCCCUGAACAAUUUUUUUCUUGUUUAAAAAUCUGGCUUUUCUGUUUUCUAUAACAAGUGCCUAUUUGACUGCAGCCCUAUCCAUUGUCCUGGGGAGGCAAUGGAGGUUUAAGUUCAUCCUGCAGUGAUAUCUGAGCGCCUACUGUAUGCCAGGCUUUGUUCUAAGCACAUGGCCCCUUCAGAACCGUCUACUCUUCCCGUUGCCUCUACCGCUGGCCGGCACUCCCCAGGAGGCUAUGAAGCACCACAAGAAUGCUACUGUGCAAGGCAGAUCACACACCCACAUCCAUCCACCAACGAUCCCUUAGGAUCCUCAAAAGCUACUGCAUCUGCCCCCAGUCCCUGGUCCCCACCUCCACUGCCACCGUCAGUGGUGUGCUGGUAAGUGUGUAACAACCAGCUCUCGGUGGCAUGGAGGGAGGUGGCUGAUGCAUAGUGUUGGUGAAAACAUCCCCCCAGGGUGAUUUCCAGCUGCCAACGCAACACUGACCCAGUCGGGAAGACAUGGGCACUGGCUGCCUUGGAGGUAGGAAGGAUAGAAAUAACCUCGGAAGCAUAGAGGAUAGUAAAAUGUAACAAAAUAAUUAGGAAAUGGGGAGUUUUAUAUAUUAGUUACCUUUGUGGGGUUUUUUAAAGUAUUUUUUUUAGCUGUGUAUGGACUCAAGGCCUCUAUUUGUUUUGAUGUGGUGCCAGGAUGGAACCCAGUGCCCCACACUUGCCAGGCAAGUGCUCUGCCGCUGAGCCCCAGCUCCAGCCCCACCUUUGUUUUUAAUAAAAUGUUUCUUCACA